AUGUCAACUAUUGCCGAGGAAGGACUUCCUGUGUCACCAGUUAACAAUCCGGAGACCUCGAAUGAGCAACCAUCAACGAUGAAUCCCGUGGAAAACGCAACUUCAGACCCAGAAGCAGAAGACGCGAAUCGAAGCACACCAACAGCUCCUACCGACGUCACAACGUUAUUUGCAACAAUGAUGGCUCGAAUGGAAGAGCUGAAUCGUCAAACAAGCGCUCGCCUGAACGAGCUCGCCGCGGCACAACUUUCUUGCCAAGAUCAAGUCAACACGUUACAUUCCUCAGAGACCCAAGCCCUAGAGAGACGAGCUCAAGAAAUUCAACGAGUACAACGCGCCUUAUUCGGAGACUCCCCCGCUCCGCCAACAACAGAAAAUCAUCCGACCUCGAACUGCGACGAGGUGAACAUCGGAGCUCCCGAACACGAAACACGUUGGCUUCAAAUAAGAAACUCGCAGCAGGAUGAAGAAAUGCUCGAAAUGAGAGCCAAAUUGCGAGCCAUGACUACACUUGUUCAUCAAGCAACUAGCUCGGCACCUGAGAUCGAUCGUGUGUUGAAAGAAAGUCAAAGCACACCAUUCACGACUCGAAUCACCGAUUUUCCAAUUAGAACUCAAGUAAAGUUCAACCUCCCGACAUAUACAGGCAACUCGGAUCCGAGUCAAUUCAUGACCGUGUUCAGCAUUCAAAUGGGCCGAGCACGAUUCACUCCCGAGGAGAAGGAUGCAGGUUUCUGCCAACUAUUCGUCGAAAAUCUAAGCGGCGCGGCCCUCGUCUGGUUCUCCAAAUUGAAAGUGAAUUCGAUUGACAGCUACCAAGCACUGUCAACGGCAUUCCUCAAAAGGUACAUGAUGUAUAUCCAAGGCGCAGUCUCCAGCGCCGACCUCUACCAGAUCAAACAGGGCGAAAAAGAAUCCCUUCGGUCAUUCAUCGGCAGGUUCAACGCGAUCGUCUCUCGAAUCACCGUAACUGACGAGGCAUCACUGCCAGCCCUUCGGAAUGCCCUUCGAAUCGAUUCAAAGUUUCGAGACAGUCUCAAGUUCAACAAACCCCGUACUCUCGAGGACGCACUUCAUCGUGCCACCUUAUACAUCGAGGACGAGGAAGAAAAAGAGAGCGCGUCGUCAGCAAAAGCGACGCCGAAGCAGCAGCCUCACAAAGAGACCCCCAAACAAGAAUAUCAGGAGCCUCGACAGCACCUCGACAAUAAUUAUCGAAGUGACAAUCGCCGAGGAGCAACGUACAACAUCAGCACUCAACAGCAACAGAAUCGCCAGUACCAAAACCAAUUGAACACCUGGCAGCGGGGAGAUCGCGGAGAGACACGGCCUUUCUGCGAUUAUCACAACAAAUACGGUCACCCGACUGUGAUUUGUCGCGAGCUACAGGCUUAUUUGCUCGCCAAAUAUCGCAAGGGGGAGAUCGCUUUAUCAAACCAGCCCCAAAACACCGUGACACGAAACAGCGGAACUCGACCGACGGCUCCCGCCGAGCAGCUUCCACCUCCUCCCCCAAGGAACGAACAACCCAACGACGACAUUGCGAAGAGAGACCGUGAAAACCAGCUUCGAGGUGAUACCCCUCCGGCAUCUCGAAAGAAGGUUUUCUUUAUCAUGGGAGGCCUAUCGACGUGCAACGAUUCCGUCAGGUCGAUAAAAAAGUACGGCCGCCAGGUCAUGCUCGCACAAAAAUGGCAAGUUAAAAGUCCUAAGACCGCCGAUUGCGGUGCAAUCACCUUCACCGAGGCCGACACCGAGGGAGUCGACAUGCCGCAUAACGAUCCGCUUGUGGUCGAACUGCGUAUCGCCGAUUGCGAGGUGUCUCGGAUACUGGUUGAUACAGGGAGCUCGGUCGACCUGAUUUUCAAAGAAACACUUGACAAAAUGGAUGUGGCGAACCAUCAUCUCAAGUCUUCGAUUAAGCCACUCACAGGAUUCGAUGGAGAUACGGUCUACUCAAUCGGGACGAUCAGACUCCCAGUUUACGCGGCAAAAACGACCCGCCUCGUCAAAUUUGUUGUCAUCGAUAAACCUGCCAUCUACAACGUAAUUCUAGGUACGCCCUGGUUGCAAUCCAUGAAAGCGGUGCCGUCGACCUAUCAUCAAUGCCUCAAGUUCCCAACCGCGUUCGGGGUAAAAACUAUUCGAGGCUCUCAGGAGAUAUCGAGACUCUGCUUCGCUGCAGAGCACAAGCUCCGAUUCAAAUCCACGAUUCCAGCCAAGGUAUGUCUCACGAUUUUACCCGUAACUCAAGUCGAUUUGCCAACUCAAGAAAGACCGAAGCAAGAGCUCAUCGUCCAAGUGAACAUCGAUGAAAGCGACCCCGAACGAUGUGUAGGAAUCGGAGCCGAUUUAAAGGAGGAGAUAAAGGUUGAACUCGUAAGACUUCUUCGCCGAAACGCGUCGACGUUCACCUGGUCAGUAUACGAUAUGCCAGGGAUCGAUCCCUCAAUCACCAGUCAUGAGCUUAACAUCGACCCAACGUUUAAACCGAUCAAGCAGAAGCGAAGGAAGUUAGGUCCAGAAAAGGCGCAAGCCGUCAAUGACGAGGUCGAACGUCUAUCAAAGGCUGGCUCGAUCAUCGAGGUUAAAUACCCCGAGUGGUUAGCCAACCCGGUCGUCGUCAAAAAGAAAAAUGGGAAGUGGCGAAUUUGCGUGGAUUUUACCGAUCUCAACAAGGCAUGCCCCAAGGAUAGUUUCCCCUUGCCACACAUCGACCGAAUCGUCGAGGCAACCGCCGGAAACGAGCUCCUGUCGUUUAUGGACGCCUUCUCCGGUUACAACCAAAUCACGAUGCAUCCCGAAGAUCGCGAGAAGACGUCCUUCAUCACCGAUCGAGGUACUUAUUGCUAUAAGGUAAUGCCGUUCGGCCUGAAGAACGCGGGCACGACAUACCAACGACGGUGA